CAGUAUAACUAUUUCGAAGUCUUCAUAGCUUCAUAUCCUUCUACAAAUCCCUUACCAUCUCUCUCUCUCAUAUAAAUUCACUCAUCAAAAUCAACCCAACCCAACCCAAAAUGCGCGCCUCAACCUUUCUCCCCAUCCUCGCCGCCGCCGCUUCCAGCGCCCUGCCUACCACCAGCGGCUCCUCCUCCUCCUCCUCCUCCCUAACUCCACGGGACGCGCCGUCCCCCCCGCCCCGCAUCGCAUCCAUAUCCUACUCGGGCAGCGGGUGUCCGUCGUCGGCGCCGGCCGUCGACCGCACGGGCGGGUUCGACGACAUAUCGCUGCGGCUGAACUCGUUCGAGGCGCGCAGCUCCUCCCCCGCCGACUCCACCAUCAACUGCCAGGCCCACCUGUCCAUCGCCGGGUCCGCCGCCGGCUGGCAGGUCGGCAUCAAGGACGUCUCCGUCAACGGCCAUCUGGUCCUCGACCCGGGCGCGUCCCUCGAUUAUUACGUCACGAGCUUUUGGAGCGAGAGCGCCGAGAAGACGGUCACGAUCAGGGGCUCGCUCGACAACACGGGCUCCGGGCGGCUGAGCCAGGACGUGACGGCGCGCAGCACGGUGCCCGACGCGCAGGUCGUGUACUCGCCGUGCACGGGUGCCAAGGGCACCGUCGGCCUGCUCAACGUCAACUUCCGCGUCGCGCUCCAGGCCGACGGCGCCCAGUACGCCUACUUCGGCAAGGACACCGAUACCGCCGCCUCCGAGAGCUGGAGCUACGUCUGGCGUCGGUGUUAGGAAAAAAAAAAAUGUUUCUUCUUUUCUUCUUUUCCUUUUUUUUCAGCCUUUGUUGGGCAUUGUUGGUUUCCGGUUGAAAUGUCAUGCAAGGCAUAGUAUGGGGGGAAAGGGGGGGUGUGGAAGAGGAAAUAAUAAAAAGGAGUGUUUAACGGAAAAGCUUCACUGGUUUUCCGUUUCUUUUUGUUAUAGCAGCAUGGCUUGGUUUGCACAGGACGGAUUCCGGGUUUAUGAAAAUUUUGGUAGAUAAUAUCAACUUAUACUUCAUUUACAUAUGUGUUCCCAUUUAUGCU